AUGGCCGCCGGGCCACUGCCACCGGAGGACCUGGACCUGGACUUUCUCCUCCAUCCCGACCCACCCUCCCCCUCCGUCUUCCUCGACCUCCCGCCGCCCAGCUAUUUGGACGACGAGGACAUGGUGCUCCCCUACAUCUCGCGCUUCCUCAUGGAGGAGGAGGACGCCCACGCUGAGAGUUUCUUCUACCAGUACCCCGACCACCCCGCGCUGCUCCACGCAAGGCAGCCAUUCGCCGACAUCCUAGCCGACGCUGCUGCUGCCUCCUCUAGCAGCGGCGCCACCGAUACCUCGCCAUCAUCCGUCUGCUCCGUCGACACCACUGAUGACAUGGUCACCUCUGCUUUCCUCAAGGGCAUGGAGGAAGCCACCAAGUUCUUGCCAUCAAUAUUGCCAACCAACACCACCACUCUCCUCCUCCACGACGCCAGGGGCCGCAAGAACAGGCACGCUGCUGCCAGGGACGACGACGGCGACCCAGAGUCGCGCAGGGCCACCAAGCUCAUGCUGCCGGCCGAGAUGACAGACGAAGCCGACGCCCGCCGGAUGUUCGACGAACUGAUGAUUCACGAGCGCGACGACACCAGCAUGAAGGGCGUGCAGCAGCAGGGUCUGCUGGCCGCCUCCACGGACGACACUGACAGCACCCAGAAGCGCACGCGGCGGAGGAGGCGCCGGACCUCGGCUGCCGGCGACGGACCAGUGGACCUGCACGCGCUGCUGCUCCGGUGCGCACAGGCCGUGGCCACGGACGACCGCGCGGCCGCGCAGGACCUCCUGGCGCACAUCCGGCGCCACUCCUCACCAACUGGCGACGCUGCUCAGAGGCUGGCGCACUGCUUCGCUGAGGCCCUGGAGGCGCGCCUGGCCGGCACGAGCAGCCGCCUCUACCGCUCCCUCAUGCUCCGCCGCACCUCCGUCGCUGACUUCCUCAGGGCCUACCGCCUCUACAUGGCCGCCUGCUGCUGCAAGAAGGUGGCGUUCACCUUCUCCAACAAGACCAUCCACGACGCCGUCGCGGUGGCCAGCGGCACCAGGCGCCGACUGCACAUCGUCGACUACGACCUCGGCUACGGGUUCCGGUGGCCCGUCCUGGCUUCAGCCCGGCGCACCAGAUCAAGGACACCGCCGCGCGUCCCGUUCGAGUUCCGAGGGAUCGCGGCGAAGAGAGAGGACGUGUCUCCCGAGGACCUGGACAUCGACCCAGCUGCCGAGGUGCUCGUUGUGAUCAGCCUCUGCCAUUCCAGGCUGCUGACGGACGAGAUCGAGAUCAGCGUCGCCGCCGCCACGCCUUGCCGUCCCAGACCCAGCCCCAGGGACCAGGUGCUCGGCAACAUCCGUCGGAUGCGGCCCGACGUGUUCAUCCACGGCGUCGUCAGUGGCGGCUACGGCACGACCUACUUCCCGACGCGGUUCAGGGAGGCGCUGUUCUACUACUCGGCGCAGUUCGACCUGCUGGACGCCACCGUGCCACGAGACAGCCCGGAGAGGCUGCUGGUGGAGAGGGACAUCUUCGGCCGCGCCGCCAUGAACGUCGUCGCGUGCGAGGGCACGGAUCGGGUGGAGCGCCCUCAGACGUACCGGCAGUGGCAGGCAAAGAACCGGCGGGCGGGGCUCAGGCAGCUGCCGCUGCAGGCUGACGUCGUGAAGGUGGUGAUGGACAAGGUGAAGGACAACUACCACAGGGACUUCGUCGUCGACGAGGAUCAGGGGUGGCUGGUGCACAGGUGGAAGGGCCGUGUUCUCUAUGGCCUCUCCACAUGGGUUGCAUACUGA